AUGCCUGCUCUUUGCGCCGCUAGGGUUUUUCAGUUAACCAGAGAACUGGGUCACAAGUCCGACGGCGAGACGAUUCAGUGGCUUCUUCAACAAGCCGAGCCCUCCAUCGUCGCCGCCACUGGUAGCGGCACAAUCCCGGCUUCCGAUUUAUCAAAAGCAGGGUCAUCUGUUUCUGACCGGAGAAGCUCUGUUUCAAGUGGUUUGCAUGCAAAGGUGGAAUCUUUAGGGCCAAGCUGGGCGAAAGUUAAUGGGAAUUUGGGAAGAACAGGACCAGUCAUUAAUGGAGUUUUGGCAAGCUAUAGCGGGAAUCAGUUUCAUGGAAUAGCAGCAGCAGAGCAGCAAGAUCCAGGUUUAGAACUGGGUUUGUCACAGGAUGGUAAUAUUGGGGUCUUAUCAUCGGAAACCAUGGCUCAGUUUUACCAGCAAUUAGGUCAAAGUCGUGAAGUUGCAGGGUUGUUGGAACCUGCCCAGAAGGAUCAAACUCAGAGAUCAAAACAGUGA